GCGCACAUUGAUCAAUUCAACAACAAAAUGUUUAACGUUUCUACAACACAUAAAUGAAUAAUAAACUUAUAUAAAAUAUCCAGGCUGCAUUUGACAUAAAAGUCAUAUCUGUGCUUUGAGAAUAAAAGCCUGGCAAAUUAAAUUUACAGAAAAUACAGCAUUUCCUAUUCAUCGUUCACAGAUAUUUCUAACACAGUCAAAAGAGAGUUAGUCAAGAUUUAGACCUAGAUUUCUUCCAGCUAAAAGUCGGCACAUAAUUAGGACUUAGACAGUCCUUCGACAGAGUUCAAUAAAUAUGGCUCGAUAAGCACGGAAUGAGGUCUUUAGAUAAGCCGAAACUUUCCUGUCGAAAAACGCGAUAAAGCGGUAACACGCUGACAAAUUCGAUUAUCAUUAUUACAGUGGUAUAGUGAAUCAUUAACGCGUCUUUCCGAUGGUUCACAGGUGGGACAUCGCCUUCGUCGUGAUAAUCGGACGCAGAAUGGUCAUACGUGCGUGGCUGAAGAGCCAAAGGCCUCGCCAGAGCCGGUCCCUCGGGUCUAACGAUCGUUAACAUCGUGUUACCGGACGCGCGGACCGGAAUUAUUCGCGGGCCUGAAUAAUUACUCGUCAACAGGUUCGGCAAUCAUUGACGAAUUAUCGCUGGAUUGCCGCUGGCGCGACACGGCGCGCGGCGCCAGAGAUUAAUUUCGGAGAUUGCCGUUCUAAACGCAUAUUUACCUCCGGCCAUGUGUGUUUACACUUUUUACAGUGUAUCGUGCAAGUGUCGUCUGGCAAGGUAAGGCGAGAAGUGCCUCACCGCCGGUGGCAGUAGGCAUUUCGUGUCCGUGAGGCAACGCGAUCAGACGAAAACUUUUAUUUGUCAUGAACAAAUUGUGCUGCAUCGGCGUGUCGUUGGCGGCGAGAAUAAUCGGGGCGUACACGAUGUCCAUUUCGAUUCUAAUGAUAAAUGUGUUGAUGAGCAAUUUCUUCUCGAGAAAAGGAGACGAAGACUUUUUCGAGUCGCUCAAGAACUGGGCCGUGCUGGGAUUAAACUGGGUGCAAACUAUGAAAUACAUGCCGCUGCAGAAAAAAGCGCAAACGGCCAUGACGUGUUUUCUCAUAUACAUUUUGUUGUUCCUGUUGGCCAGUGCGUAUCUCGCCUUGGGAUCGAUUUCGAGGAAACAUAAGUGCGCCGUGCCUUGGAUGUAUUUGCAAAUAAUUAGCAUAAUAGAUCAGACCGUGGCGCUAUCUUUACUCAUAAUGCACGAUGAACAGAACUCUGCCUUUACAAAAACCGUGUGGUACAUUCCGGUAGCCAGUAUCUAUUUGGUUUUAAGCAUGUAUUUUUGGAUGAUCGUCCAAACAGCUCGAAGAGUGUGGUACGAGGAGCAGCAAAAUCAAGUGGAUUACGAUCCAAGGAUAUCAAUUUCUGUAUCAGCGCCUACGAGCAGUAACAGCUCAAAGUCACCGUCUUUCCUCUCGCAAAACUUUUCGAUGUUCGAAUCGCCGAGACCGCCGACAAUUCUGUGUAAAUAGCAGGAAGUCUACGAAGAAUUAUGGACUAGUUUAGAAUGAUUCUGAUGGACAAGCCGCGUGAAGCGAAUUAUUGUCAGAACUUGCAGGAUCGAGGAGAAUCUUCGAUGCGAAUAACGUGAUGAGGAAGUCGAGACGGUUUUUUUUAUGAGAGCCUUGGUCAUAACUCAAGAGACUUGUGCGUUAUACAUAUAAAGCAUAUUUAUUUCUUUUCUUAGAGAUGAAAAUACUUUUAUAUAAAAACAUUUAUGUAUAGAGAAAUUAACAUUUAAUAAAUUUUUUAAAAUAAAAUUUAAGAUUGCUUCUUUUACUUAAUUCAACAGUUAGUAUUAUAAUGCUUGAUGCAUUUUUUCUUUUCACAGUAGAACAAAAAUUGCCGCGAUAUAUAUCCAUAAAAAUAAAAUAAGAUUCAAGUUUAAUGAAAUGCUUGAACCAGUGCGUGUAUAAAUUCGAAACAAGACGGAUGAAAAUUUCAGUGCACAGAACUGUGCGCUGAAUCCAAUCGAGUUGACUUCGCCGUAUUUAUUCGUGAGCUAUCUCUGGGGAAUUUAGAUAUUAAGUCGGCAGGAUAUCCAUUGAUCUCCUUUGCCUAAUGGAAUAUAUGCGAGUCACUAAACUUCGCUGCGGCGAGCCCCGGUUUCAGGAAUGGGGGGAAAUGUAUAAUAAUGCGGAGAGUAACUCCGUAAAUCAGUCGGGAGAUGCGACUAAUAGAGUGUAUCAAAUGCGCCCCUCGAAGCGCGCUUGCAUAGAAAAUAUGAGAAAUGGUCGCGUUUUACGUCGAAAUAUUUUUAAACUUCCUGGAUUCGGAUCGCACGCAAGCAUAUUCGCUAUACCGAGUCGUCCGGCUCUCCGGAUAGAGAUCGAUUUGUCCGAGAAUGGCCUCAACUUUUCGCAAUAUUCUCGAGAAUAGUGAUUGAGCGUACAAUGCAUAAUAGAGAAAGGUUCCUCGAUACAAUUUAUUGCAGGUAUUUUCGUAUCCGCUUCGGAUAAUAUAUUCGUGUUUGCAGAGAGAUGUACUUCGAUAAUGUGCUGUAUUUCAGUUGCUCGGAUAUAUUGCAUUAUUUCGAGAAGAUCGAUGUAUCAUUUCCGUAAAAUUUUGUUAAGUCCGACUUUCUAUUUUUGUUUCUAAAGAUAGAAGCUCGUUUUAUCACAAUUAGAUUUAACUAAGAUUUACGAGAACUGCUUUUACUUAUUAUAUUUUGUUAACAAAUCCAGUAGUCUAGACCGUCGAUAAACAAAAUUGUCAUUUGUACAAUUUUACACAAAAUGUGCGUAAUACAAUCUUUUGCGUUCGUGAAAAUUUCUUCGAAACGAAAUCUGUAUUAACCAGGUUCAUCUAAAACUUAUUAAAUAAAUUUCGUAUCAGCGAAGAAGGCAAAUUAAAGCGAGUAGGACUGAAUAAAUUAAGAAAAGCAAAAACAAACGUUUCUGUUAAACGAACAUCGUCUGUUCUCGUGACGUAAUACUCUUGGAUUUUUCAGUCGUCGACAUGGUUCUGGCGCUGGGAACAGACGGAAAGCGGGCUACGCGACGUGGUUGGUUGCCGGUGCUUUUAAAAAGAACUGAGCGAGUCAAUUUGUAGG